AUGGUACGAUACUAACAUUUCACUUAUAAGCUAAGCUAGUAGUCUAACCAAAUCACUUUCCAAACCUUGUAAUCUGGUCUUUUCUUGCUCUAUCUCAAUUUUACCACAAAUUAAGAAAUAAGAGUAUACCAUCAAGUUCUGCAUUUAUCAAACGCUUAGAUUGUGGUAACCCUCAAACUUUAUAAAUUGUCUCUCAAACAGUUCAGAUAUAUCACAUAUACAUUUCCGUGUUCUGUGUCACAUUCACCUUGUUUGGAAAGAAGUAAUAAUUACUGGAAUAAAUGCCUUAUUAUUUAAGCAGGUUUGUUGAGAAAGACUAUCAAAGUGAAUUCGACCGACAACAAGUUUUUUUAACCUAAAUACGGAGACAAAAAGAGAAAGAAAAUACCUCAUAUUCUUCAUAAACGAUCUAAACCCGAGUAAACUUAGAAAUCUACUUAUACGCCUCCCCAAGGCGACGUUUGCUGCCGAUGUUACCUUGGCCGAACCAGUUACCUCAUCCCGAACUCGCGAACAAAACCUUGUAAGCUAGCUUGUAAAAUUUUACAACGUUUUUUUGUUGGAAAAUAAAUACAUCGCUCUUUUAUCUACGUCCUCCCACGAAAAGUGACGGAAUGCCAGAAUUUUGAAUUACGGUAAAAAACGAGAACACAGCCUUUUCAAAGAAAAGAGGAGAAUUUUCAGUUUUUUGGUUGGUUUCAGCGUUUUCGGUCGAUUUCUUGGUUGUUGUGAGUUUCUUUUGUUAUUUUGUUGGUAUUUUAGGUGUCCUUGAUGAAUUCGGUGCAAUCGUCCUGAGAGUUUUGUUUUUUUCGGCGACUUUUGCGACAUUUGGCGAAUUGCGUUUGUAACGUAGGUAGGAUUAAGGAAACGUUUUUUGGGCGGUGUAGUCGUUACUUUGCCUUUUUAGAUUUGCUUAUCUAACGGUUUUGGUUGAAGAUCAGUGAAAUCAUAUUUUUUAGCGUGCCUUCAGGUUUCGCCUUGUUUCAGAUCGUGUUUCUCUUUGCCGUUGGGUGAGUAAGGUGAUGCUUAUUUGUUGAUCUUGUUGCAGCUGGUUAGGUCGUUCUUUUUUUGAUAGUGAGCGUUGUUUCCUUGUGGUACCAAAGGGAUUCCCCGCGUUUCAACAUAAAAUUUCGAAAUAGAUUUGAGGAGGGCGGGUUUAUGCGCGGCAAGAUGUUUUUUGAUUUGCAUAUCGGGUAUAAAUAUUUCGUAACUGUCGCGAUUUGCUUCAUUUUAGCUAUAAUUUACUGUUCUCUUUACAGUUUCUUUUUUCCAGGGCUAAUCACAGUUUAAAAAUGCCUUUGGCUCGUGAUCUUCUUCACCCCGACCCAGAAAAGGAACGCCAGAAGCACAAGCUGAAGCGCCUUGUCCAGCACCCCAACUCGUUCUUCAUGGAUGUCAAGUGCCCCGGAUGCUACAAGAUCACCACUGUCUUCUCCCACGCCCAAACUGUUGUUGUCUGCGUGGGUUGCUCAACAGUCCUCUGCCAGCCGACCGGUGGAAAGGCCAGACUUAUCGAGGGUUGUGCUUUCCGUAAAAAGACCCCAUAA